AUGGGCGGCAUCAUUGCCUUCUACGGCGCGAAUCUUUACGUGGCCGCCAUCCAGCCUUGUCAGAACGCGAGCAUCGCAGAUAUCUCGCAGCAGAAAGAUGUGGUGGCGCGGUACGAUGACACGGCAGACAGCUUCGACAGCGAGGUCGGCUUCUCGGAGUGGCUGAUGGGCAUCAACAAGACCCGCAAACAGCUUGCCCACAUGUGUCACGGCCAUGUCUUGGAAGUCAGCUGUGGCACGGGCAGGAACUUGGGUUACUACGACUACAGCGAAGGCGGCUGCGUCGACAGUCUGACAUUUGUGGAUAUCAGCCCGCAAAUGAUUGAAGUCUGCAAGAAGAAGUGGAUCGCGCUUUUCCAAAGGACACACGCAUCAUCCUCACGCUUUGGCGGCGGCGGCGUCAAGCAUGGCAUGUCAAUUCGCUUCUUGCCUGCUUCCGCUCUGGGCCCGAUGCCAUUGGCGCCGACUGAGCCUCCUAGGAAGUACGAUACAAUUAUCCAGACUAUGGGUUUAUGUUCAACAACUUCGCCUGUAGAGCUGCUCGAGAAUAUGGUCAAGUAUCUGGACACCAGCAAUCCUGAGUCGAAGAUCCUCCUGCUGGAACACGGUCGCAGCUACCAAGAGUGGCUGAACCGCAUACUGGACAAUUCCGCAGAGAAGCACGCUGAAAUCCAUGGCUGUUGGUUCAAUCGCGAUAUUGGCGCUCUUGUUGCAGACGCCGCAGCCAAGACGGGUCUGGAGGUGGUCCGCGAGAAAAGACGCCACUUUGGUACCACUUGGCUGUUUGAACUCAGGCCAAAACCCUCUCCUAUCCAGAAAACCUCCACAUUACAAGUGCAGUCCGAACAGCUGGAGGAAGAGCAUCAACAGCCUGCCAAGCGGUGGUUUGGCUUCAGCGACAGAUCAGACAAGGACUAAAGCCAUUCUGGCCAUGCAUCAGACUUGAAGCAACGACAUCUCAGGCAUACCAGGCCGUUGCUCACAAUGGAGGGGCCUGAGAGAGAGACAAGAACGUAUCGCGUCGCGUCGCCCAUCAGAUUCGGCUGCUCAUGAUGCAGAUCUGCGGGCUGCAUAGCAUUCAACUCGCCUUGCGCAGAUGCCACCGAGUACAUGCACUAUUAUUACACUGCCCGGAGAUGAAGACGCCAGGCCGUAAGUCAAGCCGCGCGGCCAUCAGUCAACAAUUGAUCAAGGAGCAUUUGAACUUCGAGGGAUUGAAAAGCGAUUUCUUCAUCCUUUGCUGAGCAAUCUCCAAGGAUGCGGCACAACGUCACUUCUCUCGAAAUCAAUUGCUGGUCAUAAAUGCUUUGAACGUUGCAAUGAUUUUACUUGGGAAGUGGUCGAGCAAAUGCCCUCGUCAACACGGAAACUGUUGAAGGAAAGAGAGCAUCUCCAGCUCGUGGAGAAAUGUUUCCGAUUGCAUACUCCAACCUGUUACCAGACAACUGCAGCUCGUACGAAAAGCUUCACCAAGAGAUGUGCCACGGCCUUGAUUUCAUUUGAUGCUU